AUGGCUUCCGAACUUUCUACGACGCCUCCCUGCCCCCUUGUCCAGACCUCCGACAACGGCAUCUCCUCGACCGCAAAGGAGGUCGUGGUGGGAGCUACCGGGGGCAUCACCCAAGUGCUGAUUGGCAAGCCAACCUUUUGGUUCGUUAAUCCCAUUCCUCUAGCCCUAAAUAUUGUCAAAGUCCGCAUGCAAAACCGCGUCGAUGGCGGCGCGGUCCAUAUCGCCAGGAAUCUCUGGAGACAGGAGGGUCCGACGGGGUUCUAUAAAGGAUCUCUCGCUCCGUUUGUAGGAGUCGGGGCCUGCAUAAGCAUCGUCUACACCACCUUCCACCUCGUCUCCUCCACCCUCAAAGAAACCCUCUCCACACCCACCCUCACCACCCCCCAAACCUACCUCUCCGGCGCCCUCGCCGGUCUCACAAACAGUCUCGUCUCGGGCCCCAUGGAACACAUCCGAAUCCGCCUACAGAUGCAAUCCGCGAACCCCGCAGAACGCACCUACACGGGGACCGGAGACUGCGUGCGCCAGAUCCUAAGACAGGGGGGUCCGCGGGCGCUGUAUCGGGGACAGUCCGCGACGAUGCUGCGCGAGUUUCAUAGCUAUGGCAUUUGGUUUGCGGUGUAUGGGGCGUUGAUGGAUCGGGUUGUGGAGGGGGAGAGGAGUCGGGGUGGUAGGGGUGAAGGUAAGGCAGUGGUGCAAGGCAGUGGCACAGGGGAGGUGCAAAUCCCCGGGUGGAAAGUCGCGGCAUGCGGCGCCGUUACGGGCGAGAUCCUCUGGGCCAUGAAUUACCCGUUCGACGUGGUCAAGAGCACCAUGCAGGCCGACGGAUUCGGGGCCCAGAGACGCUAUCGCGGCAUGGGUGAUGCCGUGCGGCAUAUCUGGCAUGUCGAUGGCUGGCGAGGGUUCUUUCGGGGACUGGGGCCGACGUUGGGCAGAGCAGUCCCGGUGUCGGCGGGGACUUUCUUGGUGGUUGAGGCGGUUCGGAAGUCGCUAUAG